AGUGCCUUUUUUGCCUCUUGCAAACUGUAUCCCUUCUUCCCGGCACCUUCUGCAUCUGGUGAGCAAUGCUGAGAUCAAUUUUCUGGAAACCAGUUUCGAACAAGUCUUUCCUUCAUCGAGUAAAAUCGAAGCUCCAAAUCUUUAUAAACUACAACAUAAAUAUUCCUUCGAAAUUCCUUUUCUUCAGAACACUCAGAUUAUGGAAACUCAUUUUGUUUAUUCUUACAAUUUCGCUAACGAUACAGUCAUACAUCUAUGUCAAUCGAAGGAUACAACCGCUGAAUAUAGAUUACUCAGUUUUGCAGAAUCCAAAAUACUUCAAAAGCUAUGACGAAAAAUUUCAAGGAAGCAUGCUACAGAAAUGCCCCAUCAGUGAGCGGACGUUCAAAUCUACCAUCGACGACGUCUUCCAAUAUGGAUGCAGAGAUCCACUGGUGGAAGCAAAGAAGCCAAGGGCUAAUGCCGCCUUUGUUGUUUUGGCGAGAAACUCAGAGAUUGAUGGAGUAAUCCUCAGUAUGCGAUCCCUAGAGCGGAGAUUUAACCAAUGGUUCAACUAUCCGUGGAUAUUUCUCAAUGACGAGCCUUUUACCGACGAAUUUAUAGAAAGAGUAGAAGAAGUAGCAAGCGGAGAUUUUGAAUUCGGGGUUAUACCCGGGGAUAGAUGGAGGUUCAAGGACCAACCAGUACCACAACAAACGGAGAAGAAUAGUCAAAAAGGCAAACAAGAAGGGAAAAAAAAAGCAGGGAAACGCCAAAAGAAAGAGCCACAAACCAAUAUAAAAGAGUCUUUUGAUACCAUCUUUUUCAAUGAAGCCGUGGAGAGUCAGGGAGAUAGAGGUAUAAUGUAUGGUAAUAUGCCCUCAUAUCACAGCAUGUGUAGAUUCUAUUCCGGCUAUUUCUUUGAACAUCCUUUGGUGAAAAAGCUAGACUGGUACUGGAGAGUGGAACCUGAAGUUGACUUCUAUUGUGAUCUUACAUACGACCCGUUCAUUGAAAUGGAAAAGCAUGGGAAAAAAUACGGUUACACUAUUGCAAUAAAGGAAUUGGUCGACACAGUACCAAACUUGUUCAGAUUCACAAAAAAAUUCAUCAAGGAUUAUGACAUGAAUUUACCAGACACCUGGAAUUUUUUUACCAAAAACCAUAAAUUUUAUAAAGGUGAGAACGAGGAAAACUAUGAAGAUGUCAAAAAUAUGAAUGACUUUUUAAACAAAGUUAAGAAAAAUACUAUUUACAACUAUUCUAAGAUUCACUUGAACAAGAAAAGUGAAGGGUCUUUUGGCUCAACUGAAAUGCAACUUCUUAGAUCACUCAUUAACCACAGCAAAAUAAAUGGGCUAAAUCUAGCGGUAGAAGAAAAGUAUGAAAACGAGGAGUUCAACAUGUGUCAUUUUUGGUCAAAUUUCGAAAUCGCUUCAAACUCUCUAUUCACCUCUCCAGAGUAUAGAGCUUAUUAUGACUUUUUGGAGAAUUCAAAGGGUUUUUUCACUGAACGUUGGGGUGAUGCUCCAGUUCAUUCAUUAGCUGUAGGCUUGUUCUUGAACCUGUCAGAAAUACAUUACUUCAGAGAUAUCGGCUAUAAACAUUCCACGUUGGGUCACUGUCCCUACAAUUCUCCGAAUCAGUUACCUUACAAAUCCGGUCCUAAGUUUAAGCAUCAGGUCUUGCCUCAAGACGAAAUAUACUAUGCCGAUUAUGAUCCCCCUGUUACUGAUCUCAAUCUUGCUGAAAAUUUAGGACCUAGUGGUUGUAGAUGCAGAUGUCCAUCCGGUCAUCGAGAAAUCGAGAAUUCCGGUGGCUCAUGUUCGGCUUUGUGGCUGAAACUAACGAGUGAUGAGUUUGUAAAUGGUGAACAGGAUGAGCAUUUCAUUGGCGGAUUGGGUGUUUACAAAACUUUAGAUUUGGACAAAAUAGAAUCAACAGCUUUAGUUUGGCUAGCCGAAUGGCUUGCGGGCGGUCAGAAUAUUAACAAAUGGGAGUUCACCGAAAAGCAGAAGGAUGCAUUGAGUAUCAUGUAUAUUUGAUAGAGUGUACUCAGUGGUAAUUGCACAUAAUAUUUUGUAGCCAUGUAUAAAAUUUGGGUCGAUAAUUUUCUUAAUAUGCUUUCGUA